AUGCUGCCUCUCUCCUCACCCUACCCUGCCACGGCAGCAGCUCGGCGGACACUUGUCCAUCAUUCCAUUUCCCUGCUCCAGUCUACGGGGCCAUUUGCAGCAACACGGUCCCUGAGCAGCUCUGCUGGUGCUCCACGCCCGCCGCGUCCUCUCCUCUCGCGGGCCCGACUCUGCUGGACAGCAAAUGGGUCCGGCCCGGCGCACCACCGGUUCCGAGCGUACCAUUCAUACGACCACCCUGCACCGGCCGGACCGUUCAACGAAGCCGAGGAAGCCAUUCUCGCUGCCGCGUACCGCCAGGUCCCUGAGCAUGGCUUCUCGCCCGAGGCGCUGGCCAUUGGCGCACGAGAGGCCGGCUAUCUCGACAUCAGCACGAACCUGCUUGCCGACGGACCCUUCAGUCUAAUACGAUGGCAUCUUGUCAAGCAGCGGGAAGCACUUGCGGCGCGAAAGACGGUCCUGUUCCCGGAUGGGGCAACGAUCGAUAAUAAACCAGUUUCUGUGAGCGCCAAAGUCGAGGCGCUAACGUGGGAGCGGCUGCUCGGAAAUGUCGACAUCGUGGGACGGUGGCAAGAGGCUCUUGCUAUGAUGGCGCAGCCUAGCUGUGUCCCAGCAUCUCUGAAAGAGCUCGCCACUCUGGCAGACGAAAUUCUGUUUCUGGCGGGCGAUGUAGCUGUCGACUCGACUUGGUACACGAAGCGGGCUUCACUUUCGGCCAUUUACGUGGGCGCCGACUUGUUUAUGACUACUGAUCAGUCGCCUGGCUUUCAACACACCCACAUGUUCCUACGGCGACGCCUUACUGAGGCAACUGACGUCGGAAAUGCAGCCGGCUCGGUACGGGAAUGGAUAAGCUUUACCGCAAGCGCAGGCAUCAACAUGUUGAGGAGCAAGGGCAUGCGGAUAUAG